AUGGAUGAUGUCAAUAUUAUGAAAAAAAUGAUUGAAUUAGAAGAUACUUGUAAUAAUAAAUUAGAUAUUAAUAAUAAUGGAUGGAAAAUUGAUGUUAUUGGAGAGUGCCAGGAGGAGGAUAAAGAUAAGUGCUGUUAUUCACAAUUUUUUAAAAAAAAUAUAACAAUUUAUAAAAAAAUUAAGGUUAAUGGUAAUGUUACUAAUAAAAUUAAUGGAAAUGAUAAUUUAAUUGAAAAUUUUGUUAAAGAAAAUAAAGUACUUUGGUAUCGGUACUCUUUACCAGUGAAAAAAAGUUUAAUUAUUUGUGAGGAUAAUUCAACAAUUUUACCUCCGACAUUAUUUACAGAUGGUAGGUAA